GCCCGUUCCCUCGACCGGAUGAUUGCCGAAACCGCAUUGCAAUGUGCUUAUGGCACAAUCGCGGGACUACUUGCACACUACAGUACCAGCUCCGUUGAUGGACGCCAGAGCAGAGGUUGUCGACCUUCACGYUUUCAUCGCGAAGAUCGACCGCGAGUUCAAGACGCAAAGGUACGACGACAUCGACGCACUAUUGCUAUACAUACGCAUUCAGAUCGGAAAGGCGACUUGCAGUGCCUUGAUCGAUUGCGGAGCAUCUCGCAACUACAUCAGCCAGGACUUCAUGGUACGCGCCGGCCUUGGCCCACGUGUCCGGAGGAAGUCCCAGCCUACGCAAGUCACCCUGGCAGACGGUCAUACGCACAAGUCCAUCGACCGGUGCAUUGACGCCGUCCCAGUGUACUUUGCCCCUCACGCAAGUGAGGCGGUGUCCUUUGGCAUUCUGGACACCAAAUUCGACAUGAUCUUGGGCAUGUCAUGGCUGCGAAGCAAGGAUCACCCGGUGAACUUCUUCAACCGCACCGUUCACGUUCGUGACCGGAACGGAGUAUUAGUUCCAUGCACGGUGCCUCUUCCUCAUCCUUCGAUCAACUGCCACGUGGUAUCCGCCACAAGCAUGCGAGCUUCCAUCAUCAGAGACGACAUCGAGGAGAUGGGGGUGUGUUUUCUCCACGCCCUCCCACCACAUGACGCUUCAUCGACGGACUCACCUUCGGAUCCACGCAUCACCGAACUUCUCGACGCCUACAGCGACGUGUUCGAAGGCCCGCACGGAGUAGUACCGGAUCGACCCAUCUUUCACGAGAUCAUCCUCGAGGACGGGGCCACGAUCAGGAACGCCGGCCCUCUCCCACGCAUCGACGACCUUCUCGAGCGAUUGGGCGGCGCCCAGUUCUUCUCUAAGCUGGAUCUCAAGUCAGGGUACCACCAAMUCGAGAUUCGCAAGGAGGAUCGCUACAAGACCGCGUUCAAGACUCGGUAUGGGCAUUUCAAAUGGCUGGUCAUGCCAUUUGGCCUUACGAAUGCCCCAGCCACUUUCCAAGCGGCUAUGACGACGGAGUUCCGACACAUGCUGGAUCGUUUCGUACUUAUCURCCUCGACGACAUUCUGGUUUACAGCCGGAGUCUGGACAAGCAUGUGGAACACCUGCGCACCGUUUUGGAGCGGCUACGACAGGCCAAGUACAAAGCAAACCGCGACAAGUGCGAGUUCGCACAGCAGGAGCUGGAGUACUUGGGACACUAUGUGACGCCGCAAGGCAUCCGUCCACUUGCGGACAAGAUCGAGGCCCUACGAGUAUGGCCCGAGCCCACCAACACCACGGACGUUCGUUCAUUCAUGGGGAUGGCGGGCUACUAUCAGCGAUUCAUCACCCGAUACUCCAGAAUUGCUGCACCUAUGACGAGGUUACAGUCGCCAAAGGUGCCAUUCGUAUUCGAUGACGACGCACGCCGGUCAUUCCAAGCACUUAAGACGGCUAUGCUCAUGGCACCCGUCCUUAGCAUCGAUGACCCCACCCUGCCGACGCGAGUGACUACGGACGCUUCCGGCUAUGGCAUUGGGGCAGUCUUGGAACAGCACGACGACGACAACUGGCACCCUGUGGAGUAUUUCAGCCACAAAGUGUUCACAUGGAUCACAUACAACAAUCCAUUGACCUACUACAAGACGCAAGACACGGUGAGCAGCAGGAUCGGACGAUGGAUGUACUUCAUCGACCAAUUUGACUUCACACUGAAGCAUGUCCCCGGCCUCUCAAAUCGCGCAGCAGAUGCACUCUCACGAAGACCUGAUCUUUGCGCUACGACACAUCAUGCCUUCGCAUUCGACGAGGAGCUUCAGCGACACUUCAUCCGGGCAUAUGAGUUUGAUCCGGACUUCGGCACACUCUAUGCACAGCUAUCUUCGGAUCACCUUCCGGCAAGCCAUUACCGCAUUGCCGACGGGUACUUGUUCCUCCACUCGAGAGGAAAGGACUUACUAUGUGUCCCACGCGACCGUCGUCUUCGGACUCGCCUCCUCGGCGAGUACCAUGAUUCACGACUCGCCGGCCAUUUCGGAGUCAACCGCACUAUUGCACGGCUUCGACAGCGAUUYCGAUGRCCCGACCUCAUUACCGAUGUCACUCGGUAUUGCGACUCUUGCGAAGUUUGCCGACGCAGCAAGCCCCGCAACCGCAAUCCCUACGGCGAGUUACACCYGAUCCCUAUCCCACGGGAACCCGGUCUCUCCAUUGCCAUGGACGUCACCGGUCCGUUUCCUCGCGAACGGCUCGGGCACGACGGCAUCCUCACGGUUGUGGACCGAUUGAGUAAGUACGCGCGUUUUCUCCCUUGCAAGUACUACUCCACGGCUCCCGAGCUGGCACGCCUCCUGCACACUGGUUGGAUUUGUGGCCACGGUGUACCAGAAGACAUUGUCAGCGACCGCGACACUCAUUUCAUGUCGGCGUUUUGGACUGCUCUCAUGCAGGAGUCCGACACAACAAUGAAACCAAGUUCGGCUCCACACCCUCAGACAGACGGGCAGACGGAGCGGGCACAUCAGACCGCUCAAAUGAUGCUUCGUACGCUCAUCCGUCCGGACCAGAAAGAUUGGGUUGACCGCCUCCCCGACAUCGAGUUCGCCUACAACACUUCAGUGCAUCCGGCGAUCGGCGUGACUCCAUUCGAGUUGCACCACGGUGGACGGAAAGGCCGGAUCUUCGCCGACCUUCUCCUCCCUCGACCAGCCGACAUUGACGCUGCCUGCUCUCCCUCUUCCGUCCGGAAGUACAGGGAAUUGUUGACUCAAGCCCGCGCAAAUAUGCAAAAGGCUCAAGUUCGCAUGCAGCAGCAGGCCAACAGGCGUCGCGUACCAUGUCCCAUCCGCGCCGGUGAUCUGGUUUGGGUCUCCGCGGAAGAGUUUGCACUGGAACAGGAURUUUCACGCAAACUGCUUCCCAAGUGGUUUGGACCUUGGUCUGUGACAACAGCCGCGGGUGAUGACCCCGAUGGCCCUUCAUUUGUGAUCAACAUUCCAGAGCAUCUGACGGUCCAUCCGGUCUUCCCGCCUCGAAGUUGGCAACUUACACGUCAGCCAAGAGCGACGACUUUCCGGCGACGAUCGCACGACCCUCCUUCUAUGGAUGGCCAUCGGGAAGUUGACCGCGUCAUCUCCGAUCGCAAGUACGGCAGCAAGCCGCGGCAGUAUAAAGUCACAUUCAAAGCAUGCGAUCGCGACGACACUCGGUGGAUAUCAGGCGCAGAUUUGAAAGCAUCCGCACCGCUGAUCUAUGCGCAUUAUGAAAAGCGCAGGUUAGCUCAGGAAGCUUCACGACCAGCCCCUACCACCCGGACUGUGGUCCCUCCCUCAGACAGACAACUUCGCCCUCGCAGGCACAGCGCGGGAAGGCAACGUGGAGGUGGAGGUGAGAAUUCAAGGAAGCGUGAGAAUGAAAAGGUGAUGGAAGCUUGUCAGGUAAACCACCGGAGAAGAAGGACGGUGCCUAAAUUAGAAGUUUAUCAGGAUCCCAUGGGGGACAUGGAAGAAGCUACCACCACUGGGGAAUCCGAAUCGGCAGGACUUGGCCACGCGAAGAAUCCAUGCACAUUGAGCUGGUCGAAGCUCACGUUCACGGUACUGACAAAGGCAAGCAACGAGAACCGUGAUGGCAAGAAGGUCAUCCUCCAGAACGUCACAGGCCGGUCUCAACCGGGAGAGUUUACUGCUAUUAUGGGUCCAUCAGGAUCGGGAAAGACCACGUUCUUGGAUAUUCUUGCAGAUCGGGUCAGCUCUGGUCGCAUCGAGGGGGUGAUUGAACUGAACGGUGAGAAGCGCCGGGUCAAUACCUUCCGGGCUGUCACAAGUGCGAGCAUCGACCACUUCGCCUCUGCUGACUAUGCCUGUCCGACGUACUCCAACCCCGCUGAGUACUUCAUUGAACUCGUGAAUGCCGACUUCGAAGGCCAUGCCGACAUCCCCGCCCUCAUCAACGCCUAUGCCUCAAGCACGGCUGCUGCGACCAUCACGAGUCAGAUCGAAGAGGAUCGACUCAAAGUAACCAUGGAAGCCACCAAACCACUGGAACCCAUCGCACCGUCUGCAUGGCGGCAGUUCUGGGUGAUCAUCUACCGCAGUUCCAUCAAUAACAUUCGCAAUCCAGGCAUCUUAUGGGUGCGUCUAUUCAUGUACAUCAUGCUAUCGUUCAUGGUUGGCACAAUGUACUUGCGGACAAAUGAUGACAUCACCCCACAGGACAUAGUGCCUCUGCUCGCAAAGCAUGAACAUCCCGAAGAUUCCGGCGCCCAAUGCAAUGCCAAUUAUGUAAUGCGGGACUGCGGCGCCGAUGACGUGCAUCAUGGACUCGGACACCACCAGUGAGAGAAACAGGUUGGCAAGGAACCAGUCAAAAGAGUUGAUGUCUGCAAGAUACACCACCAGCAAUGACGAAACAAGCGCGAUCAUAACGAUUCCUGGCAGCGCAGCAAGGAAGUUUGCCAACACGUAGCUGACCACGUUAAGUGAUGAGUUGGCUCGUUCUCGUAUAAACACUGCACGCUGUUCAAUAAAGAAGGGAAGCUUCAUGGUGCCGCACAAGUCCAUUCCAAAG